AUGCUACUGUGGAGCGCGUUGCUGUUCACAUUAAUUGGGGUCUGUGCUGAAAGCUUCUUUUCCGUCAACCUGGGUUUUAUUGCAAAAGCUUUGCAUCUAAGUGAUACCUUCGCUGGAGUAACCUUCCUUGCGCUGGGCAAUGGCGCGCCGGACCUCUUCUCAACGUGGGCUGCAAUGAGUUCGGGAAGUCCAGAGUUGGCCAUUGGCGAAUUGAUAGGCGCCGCCUGUUUCAUCUCCACAGUGAUUGCUGGUUCGAUUGCGCUGCUCGGCCCGUUCUACAUCCAGAAAGUAUCGUUCUGUAGAGAUGCCAGCUUUCUAAUGCUUACGGCACUCUUUUUGAUACCACUGCUGGUGACGGAGAGGCUGUCCUUGUGGCAAGGGCUCGUCAUGAUUGCAAUAUAUUUCGGCUAUGUCAGCUGUGUUGUAUGGUACCACUGGCGCAGCACUCGGCAAGCUCAAAGUGUCGCAGAGACUCCAGAGGAGCACUUCAGUGAGGAAACAACUCCUCUAUUCCCUCGCCAUCCACGGGACCACGAUCCAAGUCGAAUAGCCAAACAUAAAGAUCCAUCCUCCUUACACUCAGGGAACGCAGUAUACAAAGAGAUGAGCAGAUGGAGAAGGUUGCAGGGACUGGAGAUCGAGGCGAAUGAUGAUUAUUGCAUUCGACCCUGCCUUAUUGGCACUCUCGAGUACCGUCAUCGAAAGAAACAUGCAAAAUCACAACCGGCGACGGACACAUCAGCAGUCGGCACGGGUAAUGGAGACGAAGACACUGCUCCUUCGGAUCAUGAAACAGCGCUGGGUGCUCGUCAUGUGUAUGAGACUUUAUUUCCAACCUUGAGAGACUUCGGAAAUCGCAGAUCAUGGCACGAAUGCGUGGCCCUCUGUACGACCUUGCCUUUUCUCCUGAUGAAGAUCACGAUCCCGGUAGCUGAUUUCGAUCGAAAAGAUGAGGCACACCCCGAAGGCGUCGAGAGGAACGAUUGGGACCGCUGGCUGUUCGUUGUACAGUCAUACAUUGCGCCCCAAUUCAUCUGGAUUCUUUUGUGGCCAUACGCCACAGAUAUGAAGGACUUGUAUAGCUGGUUGCAUCCGGCACUCUUCUGUAUCGCUGGAAGCUCGGUCUUUGUGCUGAUCCUUCUUGUUAGCACCAAAUCAAAGAGGCCGCCGAAAUGGUCCCCCUUGAUUGCCCUCCUGGGAUUUGGAGUCAGUGCUUAUUGGCUUUGCACCAUUGCCAACGAGGUCACCGCUAUAUUGAAAGCCACUGGCGUCAUCCUAGACGUAUCCGAGGGAAUCCUAGGCUUCACCCUUUUUGCCGUCGGCAAUUCACUCGAUGACUAUGUCGCCGAUAUGACUGUCUCUCAACAUGGACAUCAAGUCAUGGCACUGUCUGCCUGCUUUGGCGGCCCUCUCUUGAACAUACUUUUGGGCCUGGGUACGAGCAUUGUCUACGUAAUCAUUCGUAACGCAAAGGCCGGAGGUGGUGUUGGACCAAUUCUGUUGAAUGUUGACCUGCCGCUUUUGAUAUCGACGGCGGUGCUGGCGGUUACAAUGGCAGCUCUCAUCGCCGGGUCUUGGUUUCGGAAAUGGCAGAUGGUGCGAAGCACAGGCAUCAUUCUUAUCUGCGUCUGGCUCGCUUUGGCGACGACGAAUGUACUUGCAGAAACUCUACUCAAGGGGUUCGGAGCUUGGGUUAAAAAUGGCAGCUCCGACCCUGCAUCCGUGGUCGUCCGCUAUUUGAACCUGGCCCUCACAGAUGUUGGGGUUCAGCGCUGCAAGCAGUUCAACAAUGGCUUUCCCAAAGGCCAUCGGUCUGGUAUGUGCCAGUCCGAUGAGGCGUACGAUCCAGACAGCGAUCUACUGCUUUUGCGACAUACUUCCUCAACCAACACGAAGAAGAUCUUGCUGCUACCAGAUGCACAAGAAAUUACCGACUUGCCUUGCGAUGCUACCACUUCGAUCAUGCAAACACAGAUCAGUGCAGAUUGGUUGAAGAAGAGGAGUCUUUGCAGCGACGAGGACACGGGAGGCGUUGAUUGCAUUGCUACAUGA